CAGCCCCGCGACUGGGGGGGGUUCUCAGCCUCCGUCGCUGCGGGGCAUCCAAGAUGGCGGCGGGCCGCUGGCUGCGAGCGGCGGCGGGGCUGAGCGGCCGGUUCUCUUGCAUGACAUUAAAAGACUUUAACUUGACAACUAAACAGCCUCUCUGCCAUUUCACACAAAGGAAGCCGUUUCUUCCAUCCACAGUAAUAAGUAAUACAGUAAGAUGCAUGUUUAUUCAGACUCAGGAUACUCCAAAUCCGAAUAGUUUGAAGUUUAUUCCAGGAAGACAAGUGCUAGAAUCAAGAACCAUGGAUUUCUCCACACCAGCUGCAGCAUUUUGCUCACCGUUAGCGAGACAGUUGUUCAGGAUCGAAGGCGUUAAAAGUGUCUUCUUUGGGCCAGACUUCAUCACAGUCACAAAGGUGGGUGAAGAUUUGGAUUGGAACUUAUUGAAACCAGAUAUUUAUGCAACCAUAAUGGAUUUCUUUGCCUCUGGUUUACCUGUAAUUACUGAAGAAGCACCUCGUACAGACACAGCUGCAUCAGAAGAUGAUGACGAAGUCGUAUUAAUGAUUAAGGAACUUCUGGAUACUAGAAUAAGGCCAACAGUUCAGGAAGAUGGGGGUGAUGUCAUAUAUAAAGGCUUUGAAGAUGGGAUUGUACAGUUAAAGUUGCAAGGUUCUUGCACUAGCUGUCCCAGUUCUAUCAUAACGCUGAAGAACGGGAUACAGAACAUGCUACAGUUCUAUAUUCCAGAAGUAGAAGGUGUGGAACAGGUUGUUGAUGAUGAUGAUGGAGUGGAGAAAGAAGCAAACUCUACAUGAGCUAGCAGCGUCUGUGUAAAUCUAAAUAGCAAAGUUUCCCAGAGGAUGUGUGUAAUUUAAACGUGUCCUGAGGAACAACAAAAUAUGCCAUUCUGUGCUUGGAAAAAAAAUUCAUCUUUUAUAAUGUCCCCCCAUUUAAAGAUCGUACGCUGCCUUUUCAGUAAUUAUAAACACACACCUACUUACAGCCUAAUCACAACCGAGUAUCAAGUAAGGCAAUGUGAGUAUACGGGUAUAAGUUAUGGACCACAUUCUCAUUUGGUUUAACUUCACCAGGUCCUGAAUCUCAUUAAUUAAAUCAGCAGAGAAUUUCACCUACAGUGCACAAAGCAGCACUUGGUAACAAUGGACUUUAUGCUCUGUGUGCAUUUUAAGAAUAAAUAUUUAUUUUAACCAAAAAGCUGUUGGAACUUUGAUUUGGAGUCAUAAUACAGCGUCUUGUACAUAAUAGCCAGGAUGUGGAGUUUGGAACUCCUGUAUUUUUUUUUGUUCUCCUUCCUCUUAGAAGUAAACAGUGUCUAAUCUUGCUAAUGUAUUUAUAACAGUACCACUGUGAUAGACAUUUGCUCUUCUAAGGACCGGCUUGUGUACAGGCUAACACCAUGCUCAUGUUUUCAGCAGCAAAGUAUAAAAUGGCUUGUAAAGUUUCUGAUUUCUCAAAAAUUGAGCUUUUUUUGGCCUGAUUUCAGGUCAGUUUCCUGAAUACCUUUUAUAAACAAUUAACUAUUCAAAUGCAAAAUAGGUGUGUUAUUGUGAAUUAAAUAAAAUAUAUGUCCUCUGCA